ACCCAUUCUCGAAUUCUGCGGCGUUAACACUCUCUUUACAAAUUCUUUCCAAUUUCACCAGUCGUCUCCAGUCUACAUAUUACUGCUCGCUUUUCUUAUCAAUCCUAUUUUUCAAACUAUCCAUUUCGAUUAAUGUUAAACUCCAAGCGAAGCCAUGCAAGUAAUUGAGACCUCUUGAGCUGAACAAAAGAAUGCCCAAAAAUUCCUCAUUUCAAACACCCAUUUGCAAUUACUAAUCAGUGAUCAAAGAUUAAUCUUUUUGUUCCACAAUCGCCAUGCUUUUCCAUUUUGAUCUAAAAGAAUUUCAAGAAAAGGUGUCCACUCAACUCCGGCCUUUGCAACGGUCUUUCCAGUUCUGGGUUCGGGCUGCUGAUAUUUAUACUGGUUAUAAAGUAUUUCAGGUAAGAGCAAGUUUAGAGAAGGAUGUGCAGAAACAGGAAGUAAUGUGGGAGAAGCAGCACGCGGUUGCUGCUGACAAGAUAUACAACAUGUGUUCUGACCUUGGUGGGUUUUUCCUCAAGGUUGCCCAAAUAGUUGGGAAGCCAGAUUUGGCACCAGCUGCAUGGGUCAAAAGGCUUGUUACUCUAUGUGAUCAAGCACCAGCUACACCAUACAAUGUGGUUAGGGCAGUGCUCGAGAAGGAGUUGGGUCAAAGUAUUGAUGAAUUGUUCGAAUAUUUUGACAAGGAUCCUCUAGGCUCUGCCUCUAUUGCGCAGGUUCAUCGAGCAAGACUCAAAGGUGACAAGAAUGAUGUUGUCGUCAAGGUCCAACAUCCCGGGGUUCAGGAAUUGAUGAUGACUGAUAUUUGCAACUUGCAAGCCUUUGCGUUAUAUAUUCAGAAGACAGAUGUCAAGUUUGAUCUGUUCUCUGUUACCAAGGAAAUGGAGAAACAGAUUAGCUAUGAAUUCAACUUUGUGAGGGAGGCUGAAGCUAUGGCAAGAAUUCGUCAUUUCCUUUGCCAGAAUAACAAAAGGUCCCCUGUUCGGGUACCUCGUGUGAUACGAGACAUGGUCAGCAGGAGGGUUUUAGUGAUGGAAUACAUUGAUGGCAUACCCAUUUUGAAGCUAGGAGAUGAAAUGGCAAAGAGAGGCAUACAUCCUGAUGGCAAGUUAGCGGCAGCUGCAAAACAGAAUAUCCUUAAAAAUUUGUCACUUGCUUAUGGACAAAUGAUACUCAAGAGUGGUUUCUUCCAUGCAGAUCCUCAUCCGGGAAACAUUCUGAUCUGCAAAGGUUCUGAGGUUGCAUUGCUUGAUUAUGGACAAGUGAAGGAUCUUCCUGAUGAACUGAGGCUUGGAUAUGCUAAGUUGGUUCUUGCGAUUGCCGAUAAUGACCCUUUAAGAGCAUCAGACAGCUAUAGGGAGCUUGGUAUCGAGACCUUGAGCAAAUGCGAGAAUGAACAGAAGGAAAUGCUUAGGCUGGCACAGACAAUGUUUGACACAAAAUUACCCCCUGGAGUUACUAUGCUGCAACCUUUUGCAGAAGGAUCUUCAAUAAAAAAGAUUGCUGUUAAG